CUGCCUUCUUGUAAACUUAUUAUCGCUGAGAGCUAUCAGUCGAUUGGCGGAACAGUGUUGCCACACGCAGUAAAAUUAAAACUUCAGCGCGAACAACACUUGUUGCUGUGACGUCACACACACAAGCGCAGUUACGUCAAUGCAGCAAUAUGCCCAGCAAUCUGUCAAACAAACCACCACCACUAACACAACUACAGCAAUCUGACAUUUCGUCAAUAGGUCCAUACAUAACUUUGUCAUUUUUUCACUUGCACGCAGAAGAAAAAGCAAAUUCGUUUGUUUUUCUUUUUGUUUUUAUUUUGGUAAAUUUUUACCGCCCUUUUAGAGGGAGUGUUUGAAAGUGGAUUUUGAAUAACAAAUAAUGCUCCAUCAACCGCCGCCGCCGCCGCAGCAGCCGACGCACAGCAUUAAAAUAAUGUCCGGAGCCGAGGAGAAUCGUCAUUAUCUGCGCGCCUUCAUACAGACAUAUCGGGAUAUGCCCGUCCUGUGGGACACUUCUCUGCGGGAUUACACGAAUCGAGAGAAGCGGGCAGAGGCGUACCAGCGCCUGGUGCCCAUUUACCAUUAUUUAAAACGUGAUGCGACCGUUGAGGACGUGAAAAAAAAGAUCAAUACGCUCCGCACAAAUUAUCGCAAAGAGCUGAAGGUCGUGGAGAGCGCCAUGCGAACUGGCAGCUUGCAUACGCCACGUUGUUGGACCUUUCAGGAGCUGGACUUCCUAAGGAACACAGAGAAGUUUCUCGCGGUAAAUCCUACGUUCAAGAACGAGCCCAGCUUCUCCUUCAACGAAAACUCCAGCUCGACGGCAUCCUUCAUGGAGCAUAGUAGUGGCAGCAGCGCCUCCUCCUUGCAUUAUUCUUAUCGCAGUGCAGUGGGUCAAACGCCCAACAUCUCGGAGAUGUUUCACAAAUCGUUUGGUCAUGUACAAAAGGUGGAUCCGCUGCCACCACCACCGCCACCACCAGCUGGGGGAGCGGGUUUAAUGCACCAGCAGCCCGACUAUUCAAUAACAGCAAAGCGAGCAAGGCAGACCCCGCCCUGCAGUAGCAGCGGUAACAAUUCUUCGGCUGCCACUACUACUACAGUGAGCACUCACAACACGGAUGAGCUGCUGAAUAUAGCCUGCGAGUAUCUAGCGGGUACCUAUCCUGAGGAGGAGUCCAUUUCGCGCACCUGGACAUACAAGCUAAAGCGCCUGCCCCGGGAACAGCGUCUGCUCGCCGAGAGAUUCAUCAAUGAGAUACUCUUCGAGGCGGAGUCCAAUAACCUGCAUCGAGGCUCUGUGCAGAUCAACAAUAGCUUUGAGCCCUACGUACGCUUCGAGGAGCCGGCCGCCUGCCACGAGGAGCAGGAUAAAUCGCAAAGUCCCAGUGUGCACACCUCCUCUGAAUCGACGCCCAAGGCGAAGCUAAGCGAACCAACAAAUCCGGGCAUACGAGAGUUCUAGAAUUAGGAUUAGGAUUAGCA